AGUUUCACUUAUUAACAUUCAUAACAAUUCAUUUAAUGAAUUCAUGUACUAAACGUAAUAAAUAAUUUUUUUACGUAGAUAACAUAAAUGAUCAAUUUAUUCUGACGAUUGAAUUGGGGUAGUAUUCCAAUAUUAGUAGAAAAUUGCAGAUUUGCAGAGAUAGCGAUCAUGUGAAUUGCAAGAGUCAUUGAUAAAUUAUGAAAUUUCCAAGGCGGGAAGAGUGAGUUGAUAAUUACCAAUAAAAUUGAUCCAAAAAAAUAAAGAUAAAGUCGGAUAGGGGAUUGCACAGUAAUGCGAUAACAGUCGAAGAUUAUAUCUCCUUGUAACAGAUGUUACUGAGAUUAAGACGGAAUAGAUCGGUAUUAGUUCUUCUCGUAACGCCGAGAUAGACUUCGCAUAAGAAAGAAAAUUCAUACUCGGUAACAUGCAUAAAUUUCGAAUACGUUGGUUAGAAGAAAAUAAAAGACGUCAAGUUGUAGCAGCAAUUGUCGCCAAUUUGGCAACUGUAUCGACUUCACUGGCGUUUGGAUGGCUGACACCAAUUAUUCCUCUUCUUUUGAAAGAAGAUACCCCAGUUGGUACAGAACCAAUGACAAACGACGAAAUUUCCUGGAUAUCGUCGGUGAUUGCUCUUAUGCCACUCAUUAUUUUACCGAUUGCUGCCUGGGGAGUUGAGCGGUUUGGAAGAAAAAAGAUUGGCUGUAUUAUAACACUUCCACUCAUCGCCGCUUGGUUAAUCACGUAUUUCGCUGACAGUUUUUGGCAACUUAUAAUUGUUCGGAUAUUAAUGGGAACGUCUCUAGCAUUAAUGUAUGCAGUAGUACCAGUUUAUGUACCUGAAAUAUCGGACCAGUCAAUGAGAGGACCACUAGGCACUCUUUACUCGUUCAGCAUAAAUCUAGGAUUACUUCUUGCCUUGAUUUUUGGUGCAACAUUGACUUACCACCAGUUCGCAAUAAGUGGAAUGAUUUUGCCACCGAUAUCCAUCAUAACAUUCCUUUUCAUGCCUGAGACACCGGUUUAUCUUUUAAGGAAAAACCGGAUUGCAGAUGCUACUAAAUCUUUGAUGUGGCUGAGAAAUAACGAUAUCGCAACAGUCGAUCGCGAAUUAUCUGAACUUCAACAGAGCCUUGAAGAAAUGGUGAAAUCUGACAAACCUGUCAACAUAAAAGACUUGUUCAGAGAUCGUGCAACAAUCACAGGAUUCGUCAUUGCUUCCGGUCUUUUCAUUGGACAACAUACGUCUGGUUAUACAAUUGUGAUAACGUACACUGCAUUGAUAUUUGAGCUUGCAAAUAGUUCACUUGCCCCAAAUACCGCAGCUAUAAUUUUGACACUAAUUCAGCUGAUAGGAACGUGGCUAUCAACAAUGACGAUCAACCUUACUGGAAGACGCUCUAUCAUUAUCAUCUCUUGUGUGGCAAUGAUGAUUGGUCACAUCAUUUUUGGAACUUUUUUUCUACUUAUGGAUCAGAAGACUGAUGUCUCAUCAUUUUCAUGGAUUCCACUUGUCGUAUUAUCGGCUUACGCAGUAUUUUAUUCAAUGGGACUUGGCCCAGUAGCAUAUGUCGUCGCAGCAGAGAUAUUCACUCCCGACAUAACGGGACUGGCUACCUCAAUGGCUAUGAUAUUACUUUGGUCUGCUAGUUUUUUGACUAUUAAAUUUUUCCCACUGGUAUCAUCUAACUUUGGUAAUCACGUUUCUUUCUAUAUUUUAGCUGCAUUUUGCGCAUGCACAUGUAUUUUUACGGUUGUUCUUCUACCUGAGACUAAAGGGAAAUCAACCCAGUCAAUUGUUGACGAACUGAAUAGAAAGAAAAAGAAAAAUGAUGAUUAUCCAACUCUCAGAGAUGGAAAUAAUACCGACAAAGUCUAAUUCCGAGAGUUCAAUUGUGUACACAAUACAAAUCGAAUAUUGUUUUUGUUUCGCGAUAACUGAAAAUAUUCAACAAUGAAUUGUGUAAUCAUCCCAGAGUACGGACUCGAUAAGCCAAUAUUCUGAGGCACAAUUGAAUGGUUUUUAAUAAUGUUUUUUUUUUUUCGAUGGAAAAACGAUUGGUCACGUACUAAAUUCAAUGCAAUGAUUAUCACUGAAAAAUUCACAAGAAAAACUCAGAAUAAAUUUUAAUUUCUAUUGA